UUGGGCGGAAGUUAUGGUUUAGUAUGCGGAAGUUGCUAAUUUUUGGACUGUGAAACCUGGCUAAAGAGGAUGAAUAAAAGCUGAACUACCGUGGUAGGCUGUGCUGUAUAGCUACACGCGUUACAGUCGCGUUGUCUGUGCUCAGUUUGUAUGCAGUAACGUGUUUCGUCAUGAAGUUCUUCACUGUUUAUGUUGUUGGGUGUUAGCUGUGCUGCACCAAGGGCUGAGAGACAGUCAGGAUGCUGGAGUCAUAUGUUACUCCACUGUUGAUGAGCUACGUGAACCGCUACAUUAAGAACCUGAAGCCUUCUGAUCUGCAGCUCUCACUCUGGGGAGGCGAUGUGGUGCUCAGCAAGUUGGAUCUCAAACUGGAUGUUCUGGAGCAGGAGCUGAAGCUUCCCUUCACUUUCCUAAGUGGUCAUAUCCAUGAGUUGCGAAUCCAUGUACCAUGGACCAAGCUGAGCUCAGAACCAGUGGUCGUCACAAUCAACACCAUGGAGUGCAUCCUCAAGCUGAAAGAUGGCUCUCAGGAUGAGAAUGAGAGCAGUGCAUCCAGUUGGAGCGCCUCUGAGAAGAGUGUGUCUAAACCUCGACGAGUCCAGCAGAGUUCCCCUGACCCUGACUUACCCCCAGGCUAUGUACAGAGUCUGAUCCGCCGUGUAGUAAAUAACUUGAAUGUUGUGAUCAAUAACCUGAUUCUGAAGUACGUGGAGGAUGACAUAGUGCUGUCAGUCAACAUCACGUCAGCGGAGUGCUACACAGUGGAUGAGCAGUGGGACAGGGCCUUCAUGGACAUCACCUCUCCUAAGUUUGUUUUGAGGAAGGUGAUAAAUUUUUCAGACUGCACAGUGUGUUUGGAUAAGCGGAAUGCCAGUGGGAAAAUUGAGUUUUAUCAGGACCCGUUGCUCUACAAGUGCUCCUUCAGAACCCGGCUUCACUUCACCUACCACAACAUCAAUUACAAAAUCCCAGCCAUCAUCAAAAUCCACACAAUGGUUGAGAGCCUGAAGCUGUCUCUGACGGACCAACAGCUUCCCAUGUUUGUGCGGCUGCUGGAGCUCGCAGUGGCUCUAUAUUACGGGGAGAUUAGAGCUCAGAGAGAUGGAGAGAGAGAGGAGAGUACCUCUACCACUGAAGUUGUGGUUAACAUUCCAGCAGGGGUGGUGAGUGAAGGAAUGGAUACAAAUGCAUCAGGUCAAUACUCAACACCAGAUCAAUGCAUGCAAAAUGACAGCGAGGAUCAGGGCUGGGUAUCGUGGGCCUGGUCCUUCGUCCCGGCCAUCAUCAACACCGAGGAGGAGGAGGAAUAUUACGCUGAGAUGGAGAACACCGGGAAUCCCAGCCCACUACAGUCCUCUCUCAGGGAACCCAUAGUCUCUGUAGGGUUCUACUGCACCAAAGCCUCAGUUACAUUCAAGCUGACAGAGAGCAGUUCUGAGAGCAGCUACUAUAGCCCUCAGAAAGUGAAGUCACAGGAGGUACUAUGUGUGGAACAGGAAGGUAUCACUGUGGAGGCAUUGAUGAUGGGAGAGCUAUUUUUUGACUGUCAGAUUGGGGUGGUAGGCUGCAGGGCUCUGUGUCUGAAAGGUUUCAUGGGAGUGUGGGACUUUGAGAAGACAGGCAGAAAAGAAGAGGAUGCUGUGUUUUUCAACUGCGGAGAGAAUCUAAGCUCUAAAGGAAUUAUCUACUUGACCAAUUCACUAUUUGACAGCCGUAGCCCAGAAAACAAUGGUGUCCGUGCUGAAUUUAUACUAGAUGCCAACCUCCACAAGGAGACCUACACUGAAGAAGCAGGGCUACAGCGCUUCGGCGCCUUCUAUCUAGAUUACCUCUACACAAUGGAGAAUGAGAGUGGAAAAGGGCAACAGGAUUUCUCUCUGAUGGGUAAGGGGGAUUCUGGUCAGUCAGUUCAGGAAAUGUCGGUAAAACGAUUGGUGAUUGGGCCCCUGGAUCUGCUGCUUCAUAGCAGUGCUGUCCAUCGCAUCUUGAAGAUGGUCGCCUGUGCCAUGGACCACGAAUAUGAGCCCUACUCCACACUGAAACCAGAUGUGGUGGAGGAGAGCAAGGAGGUUCCUCCAGAGAAUGAGAAAGGCUUGGAAGAAUUUAUCCCAACACGGCUGACCUGUGUGACACUACUGAAGGUCUCCAUUACUGUCACCAUGGCAGAAUUCAACCUGUUGCAUAUACUACUUCCUGCUGUAUUGGGUCAGAAGGGUUUGGCUGUGCAGUUGACUACUACACAGUUCCAUCCAGUGAGGCCACUGCCUGCACUUCGAAUGCAGGUAGAGAGGGUGAAUCUGGAGCAUUCUGUGCCAAUGUAUGGCACAGAGCUCAUCCGCACUGUCAGCAGCCUCAGUCUGCCCUCAGACAACCUACUGCACCACUGCUACACCCACUGCUGUCUGAAGGUAUUUGAGUUGCAGGUUGGAUUGACCCUGCUGGAUAACGAAGGCACACCUCCACUCUUACCUAUAAUUCCCUGCUUUAGUACUGCCCUCUAUGGGAAGAUACUUCAGUUUCCCACGCGAUGGCCAAAGAGGUCCUCAGUGUCCAUAACGGAAUACCUCUUUGAGUUACCCAAAUUCACAAUGCAGGCCACUCAUGCUCAGAUGUUGCUGUUGCACUGUUUGUGGCGGAGUUGGACACACAGCACGGAGAGUGGGGUCGGUCCCACUGCCAGCGACUCUCUCAUCAAUGAGAUCUUCAGAACACCAGGUGUAGGUGUGAAAUGUGCUCCCACUUUGGAGCUAUCAAUACAGAGUGUGGAGCUAAAGGUGUGCCAGAAGGCAAUGCUAUGGUGUGCUUCAGGAAUGUUGGGAGCAGUCACACUGUGUUCCAGGACCCAGGGUAUAGGCGAGCGGCAGAAGGAGCAGCUGGUGGUCGUGCUGCAGGGCCCGGCUGACACACAAGAGCUAUACAGUAGACACUGGCUGUGUGAGAACCGCCGUCCACAGUCUCUUCUAGCUCCAGACCUACUCACUUUCUCGCUACAGAUCCCCCAGCCCACUGGAGACUGGCAUAACUCUGGUGCCGUACUACUUGUUGGUGUGCAGGGCAUUGCUGUAAAUUUGGAUCCUAUUUUGUCCACUUGGCUGUUGUCCCACUCUCCGAGACCCACAACAAGCUGGCAGACACAACAGACUGUUGGUAGUGGUUCCAUGUUAAUGAUGAAGACAAGGGAGGAUGAAGCAUCAGUGGCCAGUACUCCACUGGCCAAACAGCUUUCCAAUCAGGCAUCAGACUACAUCAGCAGCCCAAUGAAGACAAAGACCAUAACAGAGUCUCGUCCCCUUUCUAUCCCAGUGAAGAUUACACAGUCAGCAACUGAGUAUGCAGCAUCUUCAGAGGAGUGGAUAAAGAACUUAAUCACACAGGCCUGGGAUGCUGUCAAGCGUCUUACGCUGCAGGUGGAUCUGCAGUCAUGCUGUGUGUUUGUGCCUAAGGACACUCUGCCAUGUCCCUGCACCAUAGUGUGUGGUGAUAUCCCAGGCACUGUGCGCAGCUGGUACCACAGCCAGGCCUCCAUGCCAGGGACGUUAGUAAUCUGUCUGCCCCAAGUCAGCGUGAUAAGUGCUGGGCAUAGGCACAUGGAGCCCUUACAGGAGAUUCCCUUCACUGUGCAAAGACCUGUACUGGAGGAGGGUGACGCUUUCCCCUGGACAGUGACAGUAGGCCAAUUCAGUGUAUAUACAUUGCUGGGGCAUCAGCGCUCACUCUCUCUACUGGAGCCGGUAGGCUGUACGUCUACCCUCGCUGUCACCUCCCACAAACUGCAGCCAGCUUCCACCUCUGUCGACUCCAGACAUGCCUUCAUCAUUUGCCUGCAUGUAGACCUGCAACCACUUUAUUUGAAAGUCUCCAACCCACAGGUGCAGCUGUUAUACGAGUUGUUUCUAAAUUGGAGCAGUAUUUGGGACUGUCUGCAGAGAAGAGGAAUCUUGUGGCAUGCAUCUGGCUUUCAAGGGGAACCUCCUUCCCAACCUGCUGGAUCUACCUCCCCCUUCCACAGCAGUGCAGGCACCAUUCCUCCUGAUAACGUCAGCCUCAGUCGUUCAGCUGACUUGGGCUCCCCCACAGAGGGUGACUCUGUGCCAACUGGUGAGGACCCCUCCUUCUGUGAGCCUCUAACUCUAGAGCAGAAGACGAGCACCAUUGGCGGGGCCAGUGGGAAGGUUAGCCUGUGGAUGCAGUGGAUGCUGCCCAAACUGACUGUCAAACUGUUCGCUCCAGACCCAACCACGAAGACAGAGAUCUGUGUGCUCAGUGAACUGGAGGAUCUAAGUGCAUCAGUGGACAUGCAGGACGUGUACACCAAACUGAAUAAAGUGAGCAGCUUCAACAUUGACCAUUACAGGAGCAGGCCAGGUGAGGCUGACUGUUUUGAAGGAGUGAUUCUGCAGUGCAAGGAGAAAGCAGUGACGGCAGCAAAGGCUUUGGAGGCAUGUCAUCAGCCUCAUGGCUUCCUGUCACUGACAUACACACAGGCCGUGACCUGCAAUGUCCUCCAUAAGCUAACAGCACGACAGGAGAGAGCAGGACCUCAGAGGCUGAGUAGUGGUGGGUCUGACGGCUCCCCACAGCAUCUGCACGAAAUCUUGCUGACUGCUCAGCCGUUUGACCUGGUGCUCUCAUGCCCCCUACUGGCCAGCAUAACCCAGGUGUUCCACACAGUCUCGCCUCCACCUUCCAGACGGACAGUCAAAGAGUGCCGGUCAGCUGGCCAGCCAAUGAGAGGCCGUGCCUUCUGCUCAAGCAGUCUGCCACUCAUCUACGUCAAUACCAGUGUGAUCCGAGUCUUCUGCCCCCUUCAGGACAGCAAUUCUCACCUGAAGGAGAAGAUGGAGGACACGCUUGUUCUCAAGAUAGGGUCAGUCAGCAUGGCUCCUCAGGCAGAUAAUCCUCUCACCCGCACCAUAUUGCGAAAAGAUAUUUACCAAAGAGCACUGAAUCUGGGUGUUCUGCGUGACCCGGGGUCAGAGGUCGAGGAUCGUCAGUAUCAAAUCGACCUUCAGAGCAUCAAUAUGGGCACUGCACAAUGGGGGCAGCUGCAGCCUCAGGGAGAAGGAACGAAGGGCAGCACACCACCUGAGAGUGAAAGAAGUUCUCAAAAUCCAGCACUGGAGUGGAAUAUGGCCAGCAGCAUUCAGAAGCACCAGGAGAGGAGAGCCAUCCUCACUCCUAUCCUGACCGACUUCUCUGUACGCAUCACUGCUGCUCCUGCCAUCAUCUACAGUAAACCUGUCUCCUCUGACAACAAUCUAAUGGAGGAUAUUGUGGUGUGUGGACACAGUUUGGAGUUGAAUGUCACAUCAGCCCUGGAGAUGUUUCUAAGUUUGUCCCAGGUGCAGCUCAUCCAACAAUUGAUUCUUUCCAACAUGGUUAUUUUUGGGACUUCAGAAAACAACACAGAGAAGCACAGGCAGAACCUUCACCGUGGAAAUGUGUGUGCUGCUGGGUAUGUGGAGACUUCAAGGAUGGGCAGCAUCCCCUGUGGUCAGGACAGUGGCUUUGGCAGUGACAGUGAACAUCUGCGCUUUGUUCAUUAUGACCAACACAGCACUACUAGCCACCGCCAACUAACAUGUCUCUCCCGCCAGCCUACCAUCACCAAGAAUCUCUCCUUCAUCCCUUUUGACAUCUUUCUCACUGCCGGCAGCCUCACGCUUAUGACUUAUAUAAUGACCCAGACUUCAGCAUCUACUACAGAAUCCCCUGAACACAUAGGCAAGAAUUUCCACAACAUACCUAAGAAGGAUCCAGAACAUAUAGAACCUCAGAUGCCUGAUCUGGUCACAGCAGGAGACCUGCUCGGUACUUCUUCAGGGACAGGGUUUCUUAUGUUGGAAGGGUUGUCCUCACCUAGCAGGGAACAUGCAAGGCAAGCACUGGGCGUUACUGUCGUCAGACAGCCUGGAAGACGAGGUGUAGGAGGAGGCCUGUUGCAACCGCUUCUUUCCCUGCAGCUCACACAGCCAUCAACCCUCCUCAGCUGUCACCAGCGCAGACAGCGCCUAGAGCUCUCGCUGUUUGACCUCACAUUGAAGGGAGUUGCCUCUGACUACGCCUACCUGGACACAGGAAAAUCUCUGCCAGAAUCUCUGGACUACAGUGUUUUUUGGUUAGAGACAGUGGCGGGAGAGGCAGACAGCAGGACCGGAAUCCCUCCGCCUCUUCUCUCUCUCUACAUCAGAGACUUCCUCAAUGGGCCAGCUGAGUUAAAGGUGGAGCUGUGUAGGCCACUGAAGGUGAACCCAACACCCACUAAGCUGGAGCAGGUUAAGACGUGGAGGAAAAUCUUCCCAGAUGGUAUUAAUGUACUUGGCACCUCCUCCUGCUUCCCUGAAGCAUCUCACAGCACCAAACUGGGUGACAAGAAUGCAGUCUCUCCCUCAAUUUCCAAGCGUGUAGCAAACAUCCUUCAGACUUUUGGCCCCUUUCACAAGGUCUCUCUCCAAACUGUGCAGAUGGUCAUCAUGAUGGAGAUAGAGUCACACCCUCUCCGACCCACUCUCACAUUUUCUGUGUCCGGUAUGACGGCCAUUCUGAGCACAAAGAGUGGACAGCAGCCAGUUGACAGUGCAAAGGAAGUGUCAGUUUUAUGGCAGUUUGAGGAUGUGUUGAUGCAGACGGGUCUGAGGGGCAGCAGAAGUGCAUUUGUUGGGCCAGUCUCCUGCAGUUUGGAUCUGGAAGUGCUCUGGUGCAGACAUUGUGCAAGCCCUGAUACCGGUCCACCAAGAAUUUUAUUUGAACUAAGAGGAGGCCUACUACAGGUAUUUUGGGGACAGGAGCAAUACAAUUGUCUUACUCUGAUUCAAGAGUACCUGCAGAGCUACAUGAAAGAGGUGGAAAGUCAAGAGGAGGAAGACAAAGAAAUUCCCAUCCCCUCUCAUCUGUCACUCUCUCUUAGCUCACACUCCCACCACACUGAACUUUCCUCAGAUGACCUGCGUACUGGCAUCUUUCGGUACAUCCAGGGCUCAGAUUCUCAGAAGAUGCCAGGGGUGCAUGAGGUAAUGUUCUAUAAUGAGACAGAGGACAGUCCUGGUGUGAUGAUGUGGAGGUAUCCCGAACCUAGAAUUCUCACCUUUGUGCGCAUUACCCCUGUGCCUUUCAACACAACUGAAGAUCCAGAAAUCAGCACUGCCGACCUGGGGGACGUGCUACAGGUACCAUGUAGUCUGGAGUUCUGGGACGAACUGAGGAGAGCCUUUGUGCCAUACCAAGAGUUCAGCCUGUCUGAAAGCAAUGUGUGUGAGCUCAAAAUGCCCCCGCUAAAUUUCCACACACAUCAGAGUGACCUUGUACCCUCUGAUCUCUGGAGAGUUGUGGUUAACAAUACAGCAGACGGUGCAGAUGAGAGUUCCGAAAGUGAGUCAGGUUCCCAGUUGCCCUGUGAGCAGUUGGUAUCUCCUACUGCACUGGCAGCGUGUAUGCAGGUCGACUCCUGUUUUGCACCAUGGCUUGUGCCAUCACUCGGUGUGUCCCUGAAACUGGCUCACCUGGAGCUGCGGCUGUGCCAUCACCUGGAACAGCUUGGCACAGCUCCAUCACAGCGGCUCCGACCAUUCCUCCAAGACAGGAAGCUGCCAUUUGUUCAAGAGUAUGCAGUAGUGUCUCUGCAUGAGCCAAAGGCAUUUGUGCGAGAGUGGAGUAAGGGAGCUCAACUGGGGCAGGAGCUGCACUUGUACUCCACACUGCACUGCCACUUGGUGGACUACAGGAACCUCACCCUCUUGCCUCUCCUGCAACCAUUUAGCCUACAGGGCCAUGCCACUAAAAAAUACUCACACUCCCAGCAAACACAGCUGAUGCUCCAUUUCAGUGUUUUCUUGGAGCCCAUGUUGAUUACAGUGGGGCAGCAUAUUAUACAUACCUUGGACACAGCACUGAAAGCAUGGCAACAGAACCUGAAACCAGAAGAAGAGGAGCUCAUUUUCUGUCACUAUGUAGUCUGUAAUGACACACAGGAGACGCUGUGUUUUGGUCAGGUGGAUACAGAUGAAAGUGUGGUGCUGUCCAGUGGCCAAAGCCACCAGUAUUGUUGGAGAUCCCACAAAGCCCCUCAGCUGCUGCAUGUCUGUAUUGAAGGCUGGGGUAACUGGCGCUGGUCAGAGCCCUUCAGUAUUGACAAUGUGGGGACAAUGCUCAGAUGCAUCCAUAGGAAGAGCCAAAUUGCCUCACUCAUUAUUAAAAUUCAGCAGCUCAGCGGAGUGCAAAAGCAGAUUAUUAUCUGUGGAAGGCAGGUGAUAUGCAGCUACUUGAGUGAGGCGAUUGAGGUGCAGUUGAUACAGCGCUGUGUUGGGCUGGAGGGCCAGGUGCAGAUGCGAAAGCUGCAGUCUUCUGUUGAUCCAGAGAGCAAGUUACCUUCGUAUGUGCUGGAGGACUCUGAAGUGACUGGUCUCUGUGUGCGUCAACAGAAAGACCGGGAGUGGUCCCAGGAUGUAUUUCUUAAACAUACUUGUGGAAACAACAGCUGUGUGCUUCAGUUCCCCUCUUCUACUGGGUCCUUGGUGUCUGUGUGUUGCACAAUAAUAACUACAGAACCCAACUCUCAUAUGCAGCAGAGAGUGGUGGUUUUCAGUCCUCUGUUUGUAAUGCGGAGCCAUCUUCCAGACCCUGUCUUCGUGCAGGUAGAAAAGCGGAGUUUGGGGCAGAAGGAAUGCCAGCUCAUACAAGGUCAAGGGCAGGAGCAAUCUCUGUUCAACUUGGAGCCAAACAUCACACACCACCUCACCUUUCAAGCCAGUGAAGAAGGAGAUGUAUCCCACUGUGCAGUGCCAAUCUCCUCAGCUCUUAUCAAGCAGAUUGUGAAUAAAGCUGGCCCAGAGAAGAGUGAAAACCUCAACAAAAUCCUGGAACACUUCUAUGGCCCCAGAAGUUCUGACUUGCCAGCCUGGCCCUACACCUACAAAAACCCGGACAGACUGGAGACGGAGCCAGUAGCUCAGUGGGACAGUCCCAUGCAGGUGCGCUUGUGUGCAUGGAGGACAGGUUUGAGCACUCUUCUUGUGGAGUUGUUGCCUUGGGCUCUGCUCACCAACCAUUCUCAGUGGGACCUCUGGCUCUUUGAGGCUGAGAGCAUUGUUCUCCAGAUUCCUGCUGGCAAGACCAUUGUCCCCCCAAACUUUAAGAAGGCAUUUCAAAUUGGCCUUUAUUGGCCCCACACUAAUACAGUUCACAAGUCAGAAGCAAUGCAUCUGCUGCAUGAUCUAACCUCACCACGCUGGACAGAGGUAGGCGGAGCCAAGGUUCUAAGCUUGGAUGAGGAGGGGUAUGUGGAUGCUGACAUCAUUCUUGGAGCCCCACCCAGACAGAAGCUGUGCCAGUUCUGUGUGUCCUCCACAGUGAGGUAUGGGAUUCAGAUCUUACAGAUUGAGGAUAAAACGAUUCUGGUGAACAACACAAAGCAGGCCAUUAAUUACAGAGCACUGUUGUCUGAACAUCCACUUUCUGCUUCUGACAAGCCAUAUAGUCCCUCGCACACAAGUGUGUGGACAAUGGGCCCUGGGUCAGAGGCUGGCAGUCCUUCUAGAUGUGCAGUGCCUUGCUGGGAUGUGUUGAGAGAGAGCCCCACAGAAGAGUUUGCCUCUCUCCUACCCCAAAAGCGAAUUCUUCUCAGCUGCAUGGUAGAGUCCAAGCAGGAUGAGAAAUUAUGGAGCCUGCCAGUUCCUGUGCGAUCUGACUUUCCCAGACAAAGUAUGGCUGUGCCCAUACAGCAGAAUGUUGACAACCCCCUCGCCACCAGGGCCCUGGUUGUGACAUAUCUGGAGCAUUUAGGAAUCAACUACAUAGCUGUGAGUGAGGACCCAUGUCCCCGUAUGCUGAUCCAUAACCGUUGUCCUAGAGCUCUGCUGCUGAAGGAAAACCUUAGGGAGCCUGCUAGGGCAGAGGUGUUCUGUAGGAGGGUGCCCCCUCUGUGCUCUGUGCACCAUGAGCUGUACUACCAUUCCUCUAGUUUCCCUGAAUGCAGACAGAGAGAUACUCUGCCCACAGUGGUGCUCAGCAUUGCCUCUGAUCCACCCAGCCCUACGGCCACUCCUACUACACCCAAAUGGACUGAUGACAUUGACAUUAACAGCCCUGGCACACAGGUAACAGUCUUGCCAGGUUUUGGCUGUCUGUAUGUUACUGUAGCUUAUCAGAGUGGCACCAUUAUCCUCACACUUGCACCUGAGAGCUGUGAUGAUGCUGAGAUCAGCCGUCACCACAGGGUGUCUAAUCAGAUGCUGUCCUUCCAUGUGAUUCUGAGUGAGGUUAGCAUGGCACUUUGUGAUGACAUCACGAGUACGACUGGCUCAAUGGAGCUCUUGCGUUUAACCAUGUCUAAGGUUUUGGUAGUGCUACCCUUAACAGAGCCCACUAUGGGUGACAUACCCACCUCUCAUGGCCACCAUGUGCAGGUACUGUGUGGCAGCCUGCAGGUGGACAACCAGCUUUACAGCUGCUCCAGUUUUCAUUUUCCUGUCCUGCUAUGUCAGGAGCAGUUAUCAGACAGAGAUUCAUGGGUUGGUGACAGGGACUUGAUCCUGAAUCCCGAGGCUCUGGAGGAGUUACGCCAGAUGUGCUUCCUAUGUGUGGGCCUCACACUCUCCAGCAAUGGGUACCACCUAGAACAGGUCAGCUUCAAGCUUAAACCAGCCCGCAUCUAUCUGGAGGACACCUUCAUAUACUACCUGAAAACACUAUUCCACACCUACAUACCUGUUUCCACUGGGGGAGACAAGAGAGUGUCAGGAGACCCCAGUCUCAUUAUUCCUGUGCAGGUUUGCCAGUCAAUGCAGACACUUGUUUGGCCUGUCCAACUACAGCGACUGCUAAUUGAGCCGGUCAGUCUGUUGAUCAGUAUACAUGCUUCUCUGAAGCUCUAUAUUGCUUCAGACCACACACCACUUUCCUUCUCCAGUUUUGAAAGAGGACCACUCUUUACCACUCCACGUCAACUGAUACAUGCACUAACCUUGCACUAUGCUGCAGGAACCCUUUUCAGAGCAGGUUGGGUUGUGGGUUCUUUAGAGAUCCUGGGCAGUCCUGCAAGCCUGGUACGCAGUAUUGGAAAUGGAGUGGCUGAUUUUUUCAGGUUGCCAUAUGAAGGACUAACACGCGGUCCUGGAGCUUUCAUCAGUGGUGUGUCUCGUGGAACCAGCUCAUUUGUCAGACACAUUUCAAAAGGCACCCUGACAUCCAUUACCAACUUGGCCACAAGUCUAGCACGGAACAUGGACAGACUGUCUUUAGAUGAGGAAUAUUAUAUGCGCCAGGAGGAGUGGAGGAGGCAACUCCCUGAGACUCUGGGUCAUGGCCUGCGCCAAGGCCUUUCCUGCCUGGGACUCAGCUUGCUGGGAGCGAUAGCGGGUAUUGUGGACCAGCCAAUGCAAACAUUUACAAGGUCUGUAGAGGCUCAUAGUACGGCAGCCAGUACCGCCCGUGGUGUCAUCUCUGGAGUGGGGAAAGGCAUUGUGGGAAUUUUUACCAAACCAAUCGGAGGUGCUGCUGAGCUUGUGUCACAGACAGGAUAUGGUAUUCUGCAUGGUGCUGGGCUCUGGCACUUGCCAAAGCAGCUGUACCCGCCUACAGAGUUGAAAUCAGCGGAUGGACCCAAUAGUCAUCUCAAAUAUGUUUGGAAGAUGAUGCAGUCUGUGGGGCAUCCAGAAGUACACAUGGCACUGUGUGUGUGCAUGAUGAGCAGUUCAGGGCAGGAGCAUGCAGGCUGCCUGCUCCUAAGUGGGGAGGUGCUUUUUAUUGUGAGUGUGUGUGAAGACACACAACAGCAGGCCUUUCCUAUUACUGAGGUACAGUGCCAACAGGAUGCACACAACCCUGAAAAACUCACACUCACUCUGCAGCAGCAUCGAGUUACCAGCAACAGUGAGGGUGACGGUGUUCGGGAGCGCUUAUCUGAGCAGCAGUACCGUUGGUUGAUGGACUAUGUAAUGUGUGUGUCACAGUACUUCUCCCCUUCUUCGCUCUUCCAGCCACCAGUCGUCAUUUCAGCUGAACCGGCCCAAAGUAUCACCAAAACUUAUCAUUACUGUGCAGACCCUGCCUACAUCCAAGUCUUCAUCUGUAAAUUCAACAUGGUGAAGAACAAGGCACUGGGCAUUGGCUUCAACUGAAAAUAUUUAAAGUGUCCUCUGGUGCACAUAUAUAAGCAUACAAUUAGUGAAUACUAAUCCUAGCGGUGAUUUCUACUUCUACAGCCACUGAUGAUCUGAGGUAACGUCAGUCAUGGUAGUUAUUCAGAUUUUGAUUUGUGAGCAAUUCGGAGUAAACAUGAAAAAUAAAUACAAUCCAGAGAGGUGGAAAGAAAAGGGGCAAAAGUGGUUGAACAUGAAUUAAGAAAAUGAAGAAAAUUCUCUGCAUUAUCAAAUUAAUUUAUUGAAGACAAAACCAAAGCCUAAAGCAUUUAAUUCAGUCUUGAGUGUAUUUCUUAUUACUUUGCAAUCCUUUGAAAGCCACAGCAACAUGGACAUAAAACGCAGAAAGAACCCAAGGCUUUUGCUGCUUUCCCCUUACCUUGAAAGUGAAAAGUCAAAAAUUCUGCAUUAUAAGUUGUAGUUGAAUGCCGCAUUUGUUCCAGAUGUCUAAAUAAGAGCAAAUUGUUUGCCUAUUUAAAUGUUUACAUAGAAGACAAAGCUGAAUUUAAAUGGAUGAGGAUGCACACUAUGAUUGUUUAUACUGUUACUAUGUCUUAUGCAUCAUUCUGUUUAUGCCUAUGCCAUAUUUUUAUGCUGCAAAAAAAUGUUUGAUAAAUAUAGUUAUUGUGUGAAAGUUCCAUUUAAAAUUAAUUUGUGGUUGUGUCUAACUUUAAGCUAUUUGGGGGCCUUUUUUUCUCUGACUGUGAAAGAAAAUGACAUUUUAAUUUGGACUCUUUUUAAACCUUGUGAACUGCCUCUCUGUCUAGAUGUUUUUUUGUUUUUUUUUUAAGAAUAUUUUUGUUGAAUGCUAAUUUUGAUUAACCUUAUUAGCCAUUGAAAUGGCACUCAUGUACACUUAAUAUGUCAUAUAUAUUGAUAUUCUGAUUAAAAAAAGUAAAAUAUGCCCAGA